UCUGAGAGCAGUUAAAGAUCAGAAGGCACAUAUUCGAUAAAAUCUUAGAUAUUGGAUAAGGUGCAGGAAAAACUGCAGCCUUAAUCUUUAGCAUUUUAUGGUAAAUAGAAAUACCCUACAAGAAUCUUCCCUUGAAAUCAAAAUAGAUUGUACAACUACCUCACUUACCUACUGGUUAGAAUUAGGAGUACAAAUCUGGGACAAAUCUGUGCCUUAUUGGUGCCAAAAGAUUUUGACACCACAGUAUCAGAAAGAACAAAACCAGGACAGGCUCCUUCUGUUAGUGUUUUGGCGGGCCCAUUUCUCAAAUAUCCUCGUCUCCUCAUAUCCUUCAAUCAGCAAUGGUAGAUUCCUUGGAAGAGGGAACUGAGAACCUGCUCAAUGGUGAUGAGGUUGAGAAUGUUGACCUGACAGGCACGGAGAACGCAUGGAGGCUCAGCUUCAACAAGAUUCCAAGGCCCGAGAGGGAUGAUAGGCCUCAGAGACGAAUCCAUGAUUGCUUUAAUGUAGUACUCGGUCCUGGUGAUGGAGUGGCUGAAUAUUAUCAGCAGCAAGAGGAGAUGCUUGAGGGAUUUACAGAAAUGGAUGCUGUUUCUGAGCAUAAAAAUCGAUGUACCAUGUCCAAGGAAGAUCGUGAUAAGUUUGCAAGAAGUGAGAGGACUGCAAUUCAACUGUCCAACUUGGCAAAUGUUGUACUUUUUGCUGCGAAAAUAUAUGCAUCAAUAAGGAGUGGCUCAUUAGCAAUAAUUGCUUCAACCUUAGACUCGCUGUUGGAUCUUCUUUCAGGCUUUAUUCUCUGGUUCACUGCAUUUAAGAUGCAGUCACCAAAUCCCUAUCUCUAUCCAAUUGGGAAGAAGCGUAUGCAACCAUUGGGAAUUCUGGUUUUUGCUUCAGUAAUGGCUACAUUGGGACUGCAGAUCGUGCUAGAGUCUGCUCGACAACUUGUUUCAAAGGAGCAAGGUUUAUCGUUAGAAGGAGAUAGUUGGCUGUGGGUUGCUGGAAUCAUGGUUUCAGUCACUCUUGUGAAGUUGAUCCUUGUAAUCUAUUGCCGGACUUUUACAAAUGAGAUUGUAAAGGCAUAUGCUCAAGAUCAUUUCUUUGAUGUCAUCACCAAUUCAAUUGGUCUCUUUGCUGCAGUUCUUGCAAGUACAUGGAAGUGGUGGAUAGAUCCAGCUGGAGCAAUAGUGCUGGCUCUCUACACAAUCAGGACAUGGUCAAACACAGUUCUGGAAAAUGUGAAUUCUUUGGUGGGUAAAACAGCUUCACCUGAUUAUUUGCAGAAAUUGACAUAUCUCUGUUGGAAUCAUCACAAAGCGAUACGGCAUAUUGAUACAGUCAGAGCUUACACAUUUGGUUCUCAUUACUUUGUUGAAGUUGACAUUGUGCUACCAAGUGAUAUGCCUUUGCAACAGGCUCAUGACAUUGGAGAAGCGCUCCAAGAAAAGUUGGAAUCUAUUCCUGACAUAGAACGGGCUUUUGUGCAUUUAGACUAUGAAUAUACUCACAGACCUGAGCACGGGAAUGGGCAAUUCUAGUUGUAUAUGAUAGUUUGUAUACUUCAACUAACAUUCCCAAUAUUUUCCUCCUUUCAUGUAAACCUAUUAUUGCAAACCGAUAUCUCUCUUUCAACAUGAUAUGUAGUCACUGUCAAUGCUUGGUGGUGUAGUUUUUGUUUUGAAGUAUUUGACAAAAAUCUUUGAAGAAAUUGUGCUUUAGUUUCUU